CGACAUUAUAAAUACAAGUGCCGGCCGUGAGGCUCACAAGUGUGUGAGACGCCAUAGCCACUGCAAAACGCGCGAAAGUUUGACGUUUGCAUUCGGAAAAAUUUAGUUACAAUGUUCGUUUUGAAGGGAAUGUUGCUGUCCGCGCUCUGCGCGUUAGCAUACUCGCAAAACUACGGCCCGACGACGACCCCUGUGCCGAUCCUGAAGCAGAUAAAUAGACAGAACGAUGAUGGAUCGUACAGCUACGGCUACGAAGCCGCGGACGGUUCUUUCAAGAUUGAAACGAAAUAUCCAAGUGGUGACGUCGCCGGCAAAUACGGAUACGUAGACGAAAGCGGCAAAGUUCGCGAAGUGUCAUACGGCGCGAGUAGCCAACGAGGAUUCGAGCCUGAAGGCACUGGCAUUAUGGUACCACCACCUACAUUACACGACCCAUCAACAAACGCCUUGACCGAUGGCCAAGAAGACGACGGCCAAUACCGAGAGGACCCGAGGAUCUACGAAGACCCAAAAUACAACGGCCGAGCCCAAGCGAGACCCAGUGCUGUGAGACAGUACAAACAACCAGUCCAACCUCAAGCUAGCUUCCAAUCGAGCUUCCAGUCCCAACCCCAGCCCACGUACCAGCAACAACAGUACCAAUCGCAGCAAUACCAGCCACAACCCCAGUACCAGCAACCACAGCCCCAGUACCAACAACAACAAUACCAACCUCAACAGCCUUCUUACACGCAACAAAGCAGUCUUUUCAGUCAGUCUCCACAACAGUUUCCCCAAGAGAGACCUCAGAGCCAGGUCUACCAUCAGCAGCCCCAGUUCUCGUACCAAGCGUACACACCCCAACCUUACCAGAACCAGAACUACCAAUCUCAGAAUUACCAAACCCAGAAUUACAAUCCCUUUAAUGGUCACCCAGCACAAAACUUCGACCCCAACACAGGAUCAUACUCUAUCAAUUUCACUGGUUAGUUUAUAAUUUAGUUACUAAGAACAUACCUCAUGGCGUUCUUGGAAUAAUUAGAAAAGUUAAGACUUAUGUUUAUAAAUUUAAUUGUUUCGGUUUGAUUUCGAAAAAUACGAAUUUAUAGUCUAGAAUGGAAAGUAUAUUAGAAGU